AUGUAUUUUUUCUCAUUUAUCAGCAUAUUUCUCUUCUACUUCUGCAACACUGUUUUAUCUUUUUAUAUCCAGACGAAACGAUUCGACUACGAUCCAUCUCCAAUGUUGAUGUACAAUCAAAUGUAUUCUCACGAAAAGUGGAUUCCUUAUCAAUACGAAACUGAUCGACCUGUGGACGAAAAUGUAAUUCCAAACUGGGAUUCAUUGGCCGACGGCGGAACAAUCGACAAACGAGUGACAGCUGAUCAGAUAAACUCUUUAUUGAAAAAUGCUUGGCUCGAAAUGGCGGCUGAGUCAAUUUGGAGAGUCCGACCUGCCGCCAAAAAGUUCGAAACUGAUCCAAAUUUAGUGAUACCAGCUAUCCAGCAUCCGCUUGAAGAUACAGAAGUCAAAACGAAACUAGCCGAGUUUUGGACGAAAUGGGAGAAAAAGAAAAACGAAUCAAAACAGUCAGAUAACAAAGAGAAGUACGAUUUCGAGGAUCCCCUAGGAGCAACUUUCGGAGAAGCAGAGACGAAUAAUAAAGUAGAUAUUGAUGUAAUACAGCAAUCAUCAAAAGCAUCUCGAAGUUUUACUCUUGAUAACACUUUGGAAAACAGGAGAGCGGAUAGGUCCAGCUUCGAUGUAGAUCUCCCAGACUUUCAACCGUGGAGAGAGAAAAGAGCUCAAAUUGCUGUACUUGCAAAACCAAAAGAAUUCGGAAUGACACCAAUCGAUAUGCUGAAAGCCCGUCUGAAAACACUUUCAGACGAGAAGAAUCUGAAAAAUGUAACGAAAGCGGGAGAUGCUUCACAGAAGUUUUUGACCCUCCGAGAAAUCUUGAUUUCCGCCUGGACGAGAGAAGAUCGCGUUGAAGCUUUCAAGAUAAUAAUCGAAUGCACGGAACUGCUGCAGGGAAUAUCUCCAUAUUCUGAAGAAUAUCCAUAUUAUUGGCUUCUCACAAUGGAUGUGAUCGAUACUUUCGGGAAGCUUCUACACGACAGACUUCUCUAUAAAUCCAACGAGGCUCGUAACAAAAACGGCCAAACCGAUCUUCCAGUUAAUUUCAAUGUAGAACAAGUACCGAAAAAUGUCAAGGAUAUGGCAAUGAACUGGUUCUUGAAGUUGUCAGAAAUCACAGAAAUUCCUGUUAGAUUCUAUAUUGAAUGCUCAAUGAUUGGUUGUCUCAAAUUCUUCGACGAAGAGAACCUCUCCAUCAAUCUGGAAAGACUCGCAAUGAUGUGUUCUCAAUUUCCCGACGAUCUCUCUUCUGUUUUCGCUAGAGUUCACAUCUCCCGCUACAGUAUGUUCAUCGACCCAUCAAACCGUACUCCUCAUUGGAGAGUCUUCACAAUUGGAUGCAAGCUCCAAAAGAUAAAACAAGCAGCAUCGAUUGAAGGAAUAUCAUGGAUAGUUCAAUGUAUUGCUCAUCGAGCGUCUACUGUAGAAGACCUUGUUCCACUAUUCGCAUACUGUCGGAAGUCAUUUCCAUUAGAUAAAAAGACGUACAUUUUGAUAUGUGCCGUCAUCGAAGGAUUGCCUUCAAGGUACCUUGCUGUACACUCUGAGCAAGUUCUUGACAUCGUAUUUUCUCUUCGUGAAGAAUUUGAAGAUCCAUUGACACGACUUGGGAAACGGUUUUUUCAAAUGCCGCCGGUAGAAGAAAAUCGAAAGUUUGUGAAAAAAUCAGUAUGGAUGCGAGUUGCCGAUGUGGCAAACUUCCAAACAUUUGUGGAAUGUUGUACUGCAUGGACGGCAUUCACUGCGAAGUAUUACACUAUAAAGGAUAUCAAUCGAAUUCUAGAGUUGGUACAAAUCCGACUGAGAAUAGAUGACCAAACAAAGAAAAGUGAAAAUACACCUCUCCUCAUCGAGUUGAUUGCCUCUUUCAUAGGAUUCACAGCUGAAAAAGAAGACUGUCUUGAAAUCGUAAUCAACAAGAGCUUUGUCAAAAUCGUUGACCUUAUUGGAUUCGAUAUUCAAUCAACAUCAGAUUCUUCUAAAAAAAUUCUGGAAAAUUUCACGAAGCGUUUCGAGAAGCAUUCGAUUUCCAAUGUGAUAGUGUGCCAAUUUAUCAUUGAGAAAUGCCAUUCCAUGUGCAAAUCCUAUAGACUGGAAGACUCAUCAGAUGUUCAAAUCAUCGAGCAGCUUGUCUGUUCUUCUUUGUCACUGAUCGAUUUUCAAUCUAUUCCUGAUAUGGAUCAAUGCAUUGAGUUGAUUGUUCGAUGUCGGGAAGAUAUGGGAUUGCGGCAAACUAUUUUAGAACACAUCAUAAAUAUUCUCUUCGAUUUCACUCAAUUUGCUCAUCGAGCUCUGAAAUCAGGAAAGCGGAAAUCGGAUUUUAUGAGAGUCUGCAUCACUAGCUUAUCACUAACUAUCCCAGCAAUUCGAGAUGUACCGAAACGUGUAAAAUUUACUGUCCAAAAUAUCCAGAUGUGCCUCCUUGCCAAUUUCCUACCACAAGUAUCAAAAAUUAUAGAAGCCAUCGAAAUGUCAACUGAUCGAAUUUUAGAGUAUUUGAGUGAAAUCAGCACAAAAAAAAUUUCUCCAUGCUCCGCCACUUCUCCACUCGUCAAUCAAUUUCUUUCUGUUCUUUGUUACUGUCCAGAUGGAUUCAGUGAAGACUCGCCUCCACUUGUUCCGUUCUCGAAGCUUCUUGCUCUAGUUGAACGAAACCAUGAAGCCUGGUCGAAAGAAGGAAAAGGUGUUCCUCUGGCUGAAAUUUACAUCAACAUGCUGAGGUACUUGUGUAAUUUCAGACGAGUAGACUUUUUAACAUCCGAUGGCAGCCAAGAUUUUCAUAUUGGAGAUACAGAUUUUUUAACUUUGGUUGAUGCCAACAUUUCCGAUGUUAACGCCAAACUGUUCUCUCUUGCCAACGAGCCAACGGUUGCUGUAAUAACUCUGGAAAACGUUGUCAUGCUCUUUGAAGUUCAUGAAGAGGUAUUAGACCUGGAACACAGCGUCCGAAAUGUCUUUUUUCAGAUGCGUUCCACAAUUCGAGGUCUUCUAAAACGGUCUGUAGGAGCACCGCCUCAUCUUGAAAAGCGUCUAGAAGCCAUAGUUCAAGAUAUGCGAGACGAGGCUGAACAAGAUGAAAAUGUAAAAAGUAUCCUGCAACGUUUAUCACUUUUAUAG